AUGGCUAAACCGGAAGAUGGCGACCACGAGAAGACCGGAACCCCCGUCGUCGACACUCCAGAGGUUGGAGAAACGGCCGAUAUCCGCACCGAGACGAGGCGAAACAUCAAGUCACGACAUGCGCAGAUGAUCGCCAUCGGAGGGACAAUUGGAACAGGUCUCUUCGUCGGCUCCGGGCAGGCCCUCGCGCGCGCAGGUCCCGCCAACCUGUUCAUCGGCUACAUAAUCAUCUGCUGCUUCGUCUAUGGCAUUGUUACUGCGACGGCCGAGGUGAGCUCAUACCUGCCCAUCCCGGGGAGCUCCAUGGCCUACUACGGGACGAGAUUCGCUUCCUCGAGCCUGGGCUUCGCCAUGGGGUGGCUAUACUGGUACUCUUUUGGCAUUCUGGUCGCAUACGAGAUCACCGCCGCUGCUCUUGUCAUUAGCUACUGGCCAAACAACGUACAUAUUGCCGUGUGGAUCACAAUCAUGCUGGUUGUUAUCAUCGCGUUGAAUGUCGCGCCAGUGGGCGUCUACGCCGAAUCCGAGUUUUGGUUUGCUUCGAUCAAGGUGUUCAUGAUUAUUGGCCUGCUCCUGUUUUCAUUUGCGCUCUGGGCAGGCAAUGUCAACGGCAACGGGCGGCUGCUCUUCAAAUAUUGGAAAGAUCCAGGUGCCUUUAAUGAAUAUCUUGUCACGGGAGACACGGGAAGAUUCUGUGCGUUUGUUUAUUCCAUGGUCUUCUCUGUUUUCUCAUUCAAUUUCGGUCCUGAAUUGAUUGUCUUGACUGGUGGUGAGAUGAAAGCUCCCCGAAAGAAUCUUCCUCGGGCGGCCAAGACAUUUAUUUGGCGCCUCUUUUUCUUCUACGUCGUCGGCUCCCUCGCUAUCGGCAUCAUCUGCCGCAGCAACGCACCCGGUCUCACUGACGGAAGCACCGGAGCUGCUGCUUCACCAUGGGUAAUUGCAAUCAAGGAGGCAGGAGUUAGUGGCCUCGAUAGUGUGGUAAAUGCUGGAAUCAUCACCUCGGCGUGGUCCUCGGGCAAUUCUUACUUGUACAUGUCAAGCCGAUCCCUCUACUCCUUGGCCAAAGCCGGCAACGCUCCAGCCAUCUUCCAGCGGACCAACCGAUGGGGUGUUCCAGUUUAUGCUCUGUGCGCCAGUAUCACCUUUAGCUUCCUGGCCUACCUCAACGUUAGCAAGGGCGCAACCGUGGUCUUCAAUUGGUUCAUCAACCUCACCAACACGGCGGCGUUCACCUCUUGGGUAUCCUGCAGCAUCAUCUUGCUCAGAUUCCGCAAAGCUUGCAAAGCUCAGGGCGUCACUGACCUACCAUUUCACUCCCGCCUACAGCCGUAUGCUGCGUACGCGACCAUCUUCUUCUUUUCUCUCCUACUCCUGCUUAAUGGGUUUUCAGUCUUCUUCCCAGGAAAGUGGUCCGUGGCCGACUUCUUGACUGCGUAUAUUGGGUUCCCCAUCUUCCUCGCAAUUUACCUUGCCCACCGCAUCUAUGAAUGGAAGGCUCCGUGGCUUAUAGCACCAAAGGAUGUAGAUUUGACCACCGAUUUAGACGCUAUCCUGGCUCUCGAGGUCCGAGCAGAUGAGGAGGCGCCUAAGGAAGCGACGGGGUUUAAGAAGUAUCUCAAGAAAGCGAGAUUGCUGAUUGCAUGA